AUCCAUUCCAAUAUGGCGGACCGUGAGUCGAUUCGCGGGAGAAAUACGAAAGAGAGAGUAAAUGGGCUACUAGAUGACUACGAGAGGCUCACAAAACAGCUGUUUGAGAGUUUUUCCUCGCCUUACCAAGGUACUCGACAGGAUGUUUCUACUGGAGACUCUACCCAGGUUUUGGAAAAGUUGACCUCAAAGGACAAAGAACUACAAGCUGCAGUUGCACAAGCAAAAGAACAGCAGAAGCGUCAACAGGAUAUCGAAUCUCUCAAACUUCACAUUGCCAAGAAGGAUGAGAAGAUACUUGCCCUUGAAGUACAGUUAAAAGAGGCUGAACAGAUACUUUCACAGGCUCUUUUCCAAGCAAAGAAAAAGUUAACAGCCAUUGAGAAAGCAAACAAAGGCUCUGUUUCAUCUGAAGAACUCAUCAAAUAUGCCCAUCAAAUCAGUAGCAGUAACGCAGUAGAGGCCCCCACCACCUGGAUGGCUGGCGACCCAAGAAGACCUUACCCUCUAGAUAUUGAGAUGAGGUCAGGGCUCCUCGGCAGACUUGGAGAGGGUGUUGCCAUGGAAACUGAGAUUCCCACCUCAACUGUGGGCGUGGCUGAAACAUCAGCUGUCACCGCACCUGUUAAUGGAGUGGUGGAUGGUGUUGCCAAUGGGCCUUCUGCAUCGUCAUUAUCGUGGCAGUCAAGCCUUCAUGCUAUUGGGAUUCCUAGCACAACAGAGCAGACAUCUAUUGGAAAUGAUGUUACCAUGGGAGCAGCAAAUGGCAGGAAUGAAUUAACGACAGAAGAAGUGGAGUUUAUGUCAUCGUCAUCAUGCUCAUCUUCCAGUGAUAGCCCAUGACACCUGUCAACAAUGUCAUCAUCAUCGUCAUCCAAUGAUAGCCCAUGACACCUGUCAACAAUGUCACCAUCAUCAUUCAGUGAUAGCCCAUGACACCUGUCAACAAUGUCAUUGUCAUCAUCAUCAUUCAAUGGUAGACCAUGACACCUGCCAAUAAUGUCAUCGUCAUCAUCGUCAUUCAGUGGUAGACCAUGACACCUUCUAACAAUGUCAUCAUCAUCCAGUGGUAGACCAUGACACAUGCCAAUAAUGUCAUCAGCAUCAUCAUUAUUCAGUGACCAUCUAGUGAGAACAAUGCCCUUUACAUGUUGUCAGCUCCCUCGGAAAAGGGGUGCAUUCGCCAUCACUCCCCCACUGCAGCUACGUGCCUGCCCCUAACUCUUUUAUGAUGUCUGCAAUAUUUAUAUAUUUUUUGUACAAAUGUAGAUAUCCGUUAAAAGAAUUAAAAAAAAAUCCAUUUAAAGAAACAAUAGCCAAUGAUAAUGAAUUAGGUAGAAAUUUAUUAUUAAAAAUAUUACCCUAAAUAACGUGAUGUGCUUUUGAUCUUACUCUUUAUAAAUAAACUUUCAUAAUAUGCA